ACAAUCACACAAUUUUUGUCCAAUCAUUUUUUAAUCAGAUAUUAUACGAUGUGAACUCCGAUUAAUUUAAAUUAUUAAAGAUAUUUAAAGAUUUGGUUCCCUGUCUAAUCAUCUAACAAAAUCGCAUUCUGAUAGUGGAAAGGCACAAAAAUGGGGAAAGAACCAACAUGGCAUGAAUUACUAGGAAGCAACAACUGGGAAGGUCUUCUUGAACCAUUACACCUCAAUCUCCGGCGACUCAUACUCCGGUGCGGCGACUUUUGUCAAGCAACUUACGACGCCUUCAACAAUGACGAAUACUCCAUGUACUGUGGCAGUAGUCGUUACGGUAAAAGUUCACUUUUCCACAAAGUCAUGUUCAAACCCGCCUCAGAUUACCAAAUCGUCAGCUUCCUUUACGCCACUGCUCGUGUUGGUGCCCAUAAAGCCCUCUUCAUCCACUCUCUUUCUCGUGAAUCAUGGGAUCGUGAAUCCAAUUGGAUCGGGUUUAUAGCUGUAACUAACGACGAAAUCAGCGAACAACUGGGUCGUCGGGAAAUCUACAUAGCGUUUCGUGGAACAACGAGGAAUUACGAAUGGGUCAAUGUUCUUGGUGCUCGAUCUGAAUCAGCUGAACCUCUAAUCUGUAAUGGAGGAAGUAUUUGUAAUGAUGACGAAAAUGCCCCUAGAGUGAUGAAUGGAUGGUUGAAGAUCUACUUAUCCAGUGACCCAAAAUCACCAUUUACGAGAUUAAGUAUUAGAGCACAGCUUCAAGUAAUGAUUGAAGAUCUAAGAGAUCGGUAUAAAAACGAGAAUCUGAGUAUAACUUUUACUGGGCACAGUUUAGGUGCAAGUUUAUCAAUUUUAGCAGCUUUUGAUCUUGUUGAAAAUGGGGUUACUGAUAUCCCGGUAUCCGCCAUUGUUUUCGGUAGUCCACAGGUAGGAAACAGAGCAUUCAACGAUAAGCUGAAAGAAUUCCCAAAUCUGAAAAUCCUCCAUGUCAAGAACAAAAUCGAUGUGAUAACUCUUUAUCCAAGUUCUUUGUUAGGGUAUGUUAAUUCAGGGAUCGAGCUAGUAAUCGACACCAGAAAAUCCCCAUGUUUGAAGGACUCAAAAAAUCCAAGUGAUUGGCACAAUUUACAGGCGAUGUUGCAUAUUAUAGCGGGUUGGAAUGGGGAACAUGGAGAAUUUGAGAUGAAAGUAAAGAGAAGUUUGGCUUUAGUGAACAAAUCAAGCUCAAUAUUGAAAGAUGAGAUAUUGAUUCCAGGAUCAUGGUGGGUUGAAAAGAAUAAAGGAGUUGUUCUUGAUGAAGAUGGAGAAUGGAUUCUUGCACCACCAUUAGAAGAAGACAUUCCAAUCCCUGAGGUUUAUUCACUGGAAAAUGAAGCCAUAAGUAAAUUACUAGAAGAUGGAAUAACACAAAUUCAUGAAGAUGGAAUAGAGGAAGAGGAGCACAGGCACAUAGCUAUUCUGAAAGAGAGUCGUUUACUUAUCCACAGAACAAAAGCAGUGUUAAAACAGAGUUAUAAAGAAGGGCACUUUGUGUUUAGACAGUUUGGCAAGCAUGGAGAAACAAGUUGACAUGAGCGGGUAUCGGAUAUUGGAUGGAAAUUUUCGAAAAUUUAGUUGGAAUUCUGUGUUUAUAUUGAGAAUUUGUUAAUUAUAUAAGAAAUUGAUAGUCGAAACUCAUUACUAAAAAGAAGAUUUUGGAAUCGAUUUCAUUUAAAGUCAUUUUAAUAUUUUCUUUUCGGA